GCCAUCCCAACGACCAGCCCGGCUGCCCAGAGCUGGUGCACCGCGAAGAGCCUGGCGCACCCGGCGGGCCGGUGGGCAUCCGCCGCCGCGCGUCCCGUCCCCGGCUCGGCACUCCCGCCGGCGCCGCCGCCGCCCCCAUGUUCCAGCUGCCCAUCCUGAACUUCAGCCCCCAGCAAGUGGCGGGGGUGUGCGAAACCCUGGAGGAGAGCGGCGACGUGGAGCGCCUGGGCCGCUUCCUCUGGUCGCUGCCUGUGGCCCCGGCGGCCUGCGAGGCCCUCAACAAGAACGAGUCGGUGCUGCGCGCCCGCGCCAUCGUGGCUUUCCACGGCGGCCACUACCGCGAGCUCUACCACAUCCUGGAGAACCACAAGUUCACCAAGGACUCGCACGCCAAGCUGCAGGCGCUGUGGCUCGAGGCGCACUACCAGGAGGCGGAGAAGCUGCGCGGGCGGCCGCUGGGGCCGGUGGACAAGUACCGGGUGCGCAAGAAGUUCCCGCUGCCGCGCACCAUCUGGGACGGCGAGCAGAAGACGCACUGCUUCAAGGAGCGCACGCGGCACCUGCUGCGCGAGUGGUACCUGCAGGACCCGUACCCCAACCCCAGCAAGAAGCGGGAGCUCGCCCAGGCCACCGGACUCACCCCGACGCAGGUGGGCAACUGGUUCAAAAACCGCCGGCAAAGGGACCGGGCAGCUGCUGCGAAGAACAGACUCCAGCAGCAAGUCCUGUCUCAGGGCUCCGGGUGGGUGCUGAGAGCCGAGGAGGAGGGCAGUACGGAGGUGCUGGGAACCACAGCCAGCCCAGCCGCCAGCCUAUCCAGCAAGGCAGCCACUUCAGCCAUCUCCAUCACGUCCAGCGACAGCGAGGGCGACAUCUAGGCUGCCCACACAGCAGGCUUGGAAACAGAAUCCAGUGUAUAAAAAGACACAGACAAAAUGAAGGCGGGAGGGAAGAGGAGAGACCCACAGACAAUUGCAGCGCGUUGGAAGCCAGGUGGCCAGGGACUCUCUGGAUGAGGUGCCUGCGAGAGGGUUGUCAUGUUCGCC